AUGAAUUUAUCUGCAUCACCAUGUGAAAAUUUCUACGAAUAUGCUUGUGGACAGUGGAACCGUGAUCACCAAAUACCCGACGAUAUGUUCGCCUAUGGUACAUUUGCUUAUCUGAAAGAGGAUAUUUUUACAGUGCUAUUGGAAUCUGAUACGCCAACUCCGAGCAGGUCUAUUCAAAUGGCAAAACAAGUGUACAAGAGUUGCAUGAACACCACAGAGCUGGAGAAUUUGAAAUCUAGUAAACUUUUGGAGGCUAUAUCGGUGUUAGGUGGAUGGCCAUUAUUGAAACCAGAAACCUGGGACGAAAAAUCGUUUGACCUAACAGCGUUGGUUAGUAAAGCACAAAAACUGUACUCCAUUGAAGUACUCUUCUCUCUGUCAAUAUAUCCAGAUAUGCGAAAUACAACAAGAAGCAUUAUUUAUAUUGACCAAGGUUCGCUUGGAUUAGGUCGUGGUUCUCGUGAAUACUUUUUAAAUGCCAGCGUCUUCGGCAAACAGCUGGAAGCUUACAUCAAUUAUCAGCGAAAAGCUGUAGAGCUGAUUAUGACUGACGCUAAUGUAAAACGUUCUUCAGAAGACUUAGACAAGGACUUAAAAGAAUUAAUUGAUUUCGAGAAAAAAUUUGCAUUGAUUUUUGUACCGGAAGAAAAUAGGCGAAAUAACACUCGUCUGUAUAACAAAGCGACAAUUGCUAGUCUUAGCACUUACCUACCGCAGAUUGACUGGUUAAGAUUUUUCAAGUCUGUAAGCCCAAAACCGUUACAUAACUAUUUGACAAACAAUACUGAAGUGGUGAUAUGCGAAUUGGAGUACCUAAGCGAUGUUUCAAAGUUGUUGAAUCAGACAGAAAGUCGUAUUGUGGUUAAUUAUCUGCUAUGGCGUAUUGCCACAUUUGCCACAAAACUUCUGGACAGUCGAUACGAAAAUAUAAAACAAGAUUUUUCACGUGUAAUGACUGGUCAGCAGGCAAAAUCUCCACGUUGGAAAGACUGCGCUCAAACUCCAACCGGUCUUCUUCCGUUUGCUGCUGGCGCAUUGUAUGUUCGUGAACACUUUGAUUCUGAAGACAAAAAAGAGGCUAUGGAAAUGAUUGGAAAUUUACGCGAAGCUUUCAAAGAUUUAGUUAGAGAAAACGACUGGAUGGAUGCUCAAACUAAAUCAGUGGCAAUAGAAAAGGUAGAUAAUAUGAUCAAUUAUAUUGGUUAUCCAGAUUUUAUCAACAACGACACCAAAUUGGACAAAUAUCACGAAAAACUAGUAUUUAUGCCCAAUGACACUUAUUUUGAUCUCUUACUCAGAGUUAUUUGGUGGACUAAUGAGCGUGAAUUUUUGAAACUGUUGAAACCAUACGAUAAAUAUGAGUUUGAAAUUAGUCCAGCUGUUGUGAAUGCGUUCUAUUCACCCGAAAAGAAUGGACUGUCUUUUCCAGCAGGUAUUUUAAAACCACCUUUCUUCAGCGGAAUUUAUCCAAAGCAAGAUAUUGAAUUAAUGGUUAACUAUGGUGGUAUUGGUGCAGUGAUUGGACACGAAAUUACUCAUGGUUUUGACGACCAAGGCAGUCAGUUUGAUAAAGACGGAAAUCUUAGAAAUUGGUGGAACGAAGAUUCGUACAGAGGAUUUGCUGAAAGAAAGCAGUGCAUGAUUGAGCAGUAUAGUUCAUACACAUUACCGGAUACAGAUAUAAGGGUAAACGGUAAGCUAACACAAGGAGAAAAUAUUGCUGAUAACGGCGGGGUGAAGGAAGCAUAUCGGGCUUAUCGUAAAUAUGUAAAACAGCACGGCGAAGAAGGUACUUUGCCGGGAUUUGAGAACUUUUCAAAUGAACAAAUUUUCUUUUUAUCCUAUGCUCAUUUUUGGUGUGGACAUAAAAAGGAGGCGGCAGCAAUGCAGCAAAUUUCAACAGAUGAGCACAGUCCAGAAAUAUUCCGUGUCAUUGGAGUUCUGUCUAAUUUGGAAGAAUUUUCUGAAGCUUUUAAGUGUUCUAAAGGUUCUCCGUUAAAUCCAGACAAACGUUGUGUUGUUUGGUAA